GACGCCAGCAUCUCGAGGACGUGGGCACCCCAUGUGGGCACACAUUGCCGCAGCUUCGUUGAGCUUCGAGCGGACAUAGACGUCUUCACGCGAGGGCAUUGGCACUCCGUCCGUGUUUAGUCUGCUCCUCGGGCGGGCCCAGGCGUGCCCCCUCGCCUCUGGAGAUGUGCGGCCCCUGCUGGCAGGGCACCCCGUUGUCCAUCCUGGUCAGGGCGCCCUGCCUGUCGCCGCGGGGCGUGCUGGAUGCCGAGCCGGGCUGGGCGCAGAUGGAGGGACAGCUGGGGCCGCUGGCGGUGGACGUGGUCCUCGCAGUCGCCCGCGCGCUGCCGGUGCGCACUGUGGCUGCGCUGUCCGGCGCCUCGCGGGGACUGCGCGCAACGCUGUGGCUGCGACCAGACGCGGUCCGCUUGUGGGACGAGCUGCUUGAGCGCAGCUACGGGGCCCUCGCCCUGACCGUCGCCGACCGCGCGCAGCCCGGGAUCUCGGGCGCCGCGCGCUUCCGCUGCGCGCGGGCGCUCCGGCAGCUGUUCCGCGAGGGGCUGCAAGUGGUCCUCGGGUCCGUGACCGACCAGUGCAGCAAGGACAGCGUCGAUGUCAUCGCCUGCCCGUGCCUCCGCAGCAUGUACAACGCCCAUAUUGGCGCACAGGGUGCCAUCCGGGAGGCCGCGGGCCACGAGCUUGAGGCGGCCGUCGCCGCCCUCCAGAGACCGGUCGCUCCGUCCUCGGUCACGCUCGUGCCUGGAGGCGAGCUCUGCCGCCGGGUGGCGAUGACCGUCACAGAGCCGCCUGAGGAAGUCUUCCACGAGAUGGCGGGCCUGCGCCGCACGGGGCAGCAGCACGAGGCCAAGGUGGCGUUCAUACGCUUUCUGGAGGGCGUGCACAGGAACCUGCUGGGCGCGCUGCGCGGCGACAGCGGCGGAUUCCGCACCCUGGCCACGCCCACCAUGUUCACAGGAGGCAUGGGCGUGGAAGUACACCUGGUGGCAAUGGGCUGUGUGCGCUCCUUCUGGGCGGACCUCUGCGAGAACCCUGCAGACCCCAUCAUGAUGAGGGUCGCCUGCUUCGAGAGGGGCCACGCGCCGGUGUUCAACAUGAUGAAGGAGGAGUGGCUGAAAAACUUUUACAGGCCAGAGGAGGCGGACAGGAUGCUGCUGGAGGCUCUCCGCAGCACGGCGGACGCGGAUGAUGACUUCUUCUAGGCGGAGUGCGGGUGCCUAGACAGACCAUGGUGCCUACACCUCCCUCUGUGAAGUAAAGGCCGCUUGCGCCAGCGAGAAAUAACCGUAUGAGGGAUGCAGAGUGUAGCAUCGUAGUGAGGC